AUUUUUUACCCGUCAAAAAAGAGCCAGGGGGCUGGGUUUUUAAUCGUUUUCAUGACCUUCCACUUUCUCAUCUCUGAUGCCUUUUCAGAGGUAUAGAGAUGCCACGUUCCUGUUACACAAGUUUCCUGUUCCAGAAGCUAAGCUUUCAAAGAUGACGUGUCCUUAUUGCAAAAGGUCAGCGACGAGGCCAAGAAGGCCUCUAUGACGGGGCUCCAUCAUUUCAUCGGGUGGGCUCCCCGAGCAGAUGUGGUCCACCUGAAACAGACCUACUACUCUCCUCAGCUCGGCCCCAACGCAAACACCCCCUAGGCACUCGCGCUCCAACUCAUCACCCCGCGCCUGACGGGAAGGGGCGGGACGAUUAGAAAGGAGUGACGGGUCCCCGCCCAACGAGCUACAGGAGGCCGUAGGAGGGCGCCCCGGGACGUGACUGAGAAGCACCAAUCAGGAGGGAGGGCGGGGCGCGAGCUGGAGGGCAGAGGCGUUUGCCAGCCGUGUCACUAUCGACGCCGCCUGGGCUGGAACCCAGCCGCCACCUGCGUCGCUCCGCCGCCAGCGAGAGAAGGGGCUGCUCGAGGAGGAGCGCGGAAGGCACCGAGGCUGGCUCGAGCUGCGGCAGGGGAGCGGGGCGAGGGUACCAAAGCUGCGGCACGCUUCCUCUCGACCCGCUGUCCUGAAUGGCGAGAGCGCGGAGCACCGAGAGCCGGGUCUCCUAGCGGCCGGGGAGCUGCCGCUGAAGAGGAGAAUGGGCCGCGCCGGGGUGGCGUGGGGCCGCUGAGUACUGCUGCGGCUCCGUUGCCUUCGGACUCGGGACGGCCCCGGCCCCAGCCCCCACCUCCCGCCGGGCCAGGGAUGAGUUAGCCCGGGGGACUGCGGGGGCUUGGCUGCUGCUACGAGCGGGGACUAGGGCGGGCUAGCGCGCCUGCCGAAGCCAAGGCUCCACGCUGCCGGACGCCGCUAGCUAGCCCGCUCCCUCCUCCCCGACCCGCGGCCCCGGAGACCAUGAGGUUCCGCAUCUACAAGCGGAAGGUGCUGAUUCUGACGCUGGUGGUGGCCGCCUGCGGCUUCGUCUUCUGGAACAGCAACGGGCGGCAGCGGAAGAAUGAGGCCUUCGGGCUCGGCGCCCGCCCCGGCGCGGGCUGCAGGCCCCGCGAGCUCCGCAGGUUCCCCAACGGCACGGCCGCCCCGCCGCCCGAGGUGGACAACAUGACGCUGGUGUACCGGUCGCUGGUGUACCAGGUGAACUUCGACCAGACGCUGAGGAACGCGGCGGGGGGGGCGGGGGCCGGAGGCGGCGGCGGCGCUGCCGGGGGCCCCGCGCCGCUGGAGCCGGAGCUCGUGCUGGUGGUCCAGGUGCACAACCGGCCCGACUACCUCAAGCUGCUGCUGGACUCGCUCCGCAGGGUCCAGGGCAUCGGCAACCUCUUAGUCAUCUUUAGCCACGAUUUUUGGUCGGCCGAGAUCAAUCAGCUGAUCGCCGGGGUGGAUUUCUGCCCCGUGCUGCAGGUCUUCUUCCCCUUCAGCAUCCAGCUGUACCCCAACGAGUUCCCCGGCAACGACCCCAAAGAUUGUCCCCGAGACCUGCAGAAGAAAGCGGCUUUGAAAAUGGGCUGCAUCAAUGCGGAAUAUCCGGACUCCUUCGGCCAUUACCGAGAGGCCAAGUUUUCUCAAACCAAGCAUCACUGGUGGUGGAAGCUGCAUUUUGUUUGGGAGAGGGUCAAGAUUCUCCGGGACUAUGCCGGUCUCAUGGUUUUUCUGGAGGAGGAUCAUUACCUAGCCCCAGACUUUUUUCACGUGCUCAAAAAAAUGUGGAAAUUGAAACCUCAGGAGUGCCCCGAGUGUGACGUGCUCUCCCUGGGCUCCUAUUCUGUCAGUCGCAGUUUCUUCGGCAAAGCGGACAAGGUAGAAGUGAAAACUUGGAAAUCCACAGAGCACAAUAUGGGCCUAGUGUUGACUCGAGAUACAUAUCAUAAACUGAUGGAGUGCACAGACACUUUCUGUACCUACGAUGAUUAUAACUGGGACUGGACUCUUCAGUAUUUGACUACAACUUGUCUUAAAAAUUUCUGGAAAGUCAUGGUUCCUGAAGUUCCUAGGAUUUAUCAUGCUGGAGACUGUGGUAUGCACCACAAGGAACCCUGUAGACCAUCCACCCAGAGUGCCCAAAUUGAAUUGCUCUUAAACAAAAACAAACAGUAUCUGUUUCCUAAGACUCUAAGUAUCAUUAAAAAGUACACUAUGGCUCCUCUCCUUCCACAUGGGAAAAAUGGAGGGUGGGGAGAUAUUAGGGACCACGAACUCUGUAAAAGUUAUAGAAGACUGCAGUGAAAACUGCACAAAUAAAAAUGAGUUUUUAAAAUUUGGAUCGUAUUGUUCUGAAGGACACAAAACUGUGUAAAGCUGAUUUAGGAAUUGGUUUCUGCUUUAAUACAAAUAAACAUUCUUGUCAAAAGUGUUAAAAAGAAUAGUAAUCUUUUUUAAAAUUCCAACUGCAAAAGGUAACAUCAGUUGAAAAUUGGAAGGGCUGAGGAAUACAGAAAACAUUAAAAUUCAUCUAUUACAAAUUUAUCUGGAUCUUUAUAUACUUUUGCACUUUGAAAACAUCUUUUAAAACUGAAAUUCAUUUUUUAAAUUAUAAGAAAACAGCAAAAUUAUUGCUGGGUACUGGUUUUAUAAUCCAGAUAUUAAAUACCUUCUCAAAGAACAGUUAUUUUCAGAAUGGCAGAUAUCUAUACCUAAGGUUAUGUGAAGACCUGCCUGCACAGAACGACCUGUCUUUUGGUAUGUAUUUGAUACGGAAAGCUUAAAUAUUUCUACUUUAGUGUAGAAAUACCUGGGUUUUGUUAUCUUUCUUUUAUGUCAAAAUAAAAAUCUACAUUUUUGCA